CAAACCCGGCUACGUCUCCAGCACCGACUGCAACAACGAGUGUAACGGGACAGCCUUCGUAGACAGCUGCUCCGGGCAAUGUGUUGGUGGGUCAACGGGCCGAACUGCUGCAGAUUUCCGAGACUGCAACAAUAACUGCAACGGCACCAGUGUGAACGACACAUGUGGUUUCUGUGUAGCAGCGUCGUCGGCAGCCGGCGUCACAGGCAGCCAGUACAAAGACUGCAACAACGACUGCUACACACCAGGUACACUGUCGCAGAUGGCGUCAAACAACACCUGUCUGAUAUGUGUCGGCGGUCGGACAGGCAAUGCGGCAACGGAGGGAUGGACGCUUGCGGCGUCUGUAACGGCGACAACUCCACCUGCUCUGACUGUAGCGGUGUUCCGAAUGGAGGAAAGGUUCUCGACGCAUGCGGGUUGUGCAAUGGGGACGGCACUUCCUGUCUCGCUGUGACGUCGGUUAGCCUCGACUACGUCCCAGCACAAACCGCAAGGACUGUCAAGGUGGGCGGCGCGGGGUUAAAUGGGGCAGCGUUAGUGUGUGUGGCCAUCAACCAGGCUACAAACGCUGCAACCAGUUUGACCAUCACCCAAAAGACUGCCCAAGAAGUCACCAUAUCUCUUCCCGCUCUAGCUGCAGCUACGUACACGAUAUCGUGUCGCCUAGGUUCGGGACAAGCCUUAGCCAACAGCACGGCCACUGUGACAGUGUAUGCUUCAAGUGCUACCGUGACCUCUGUGACCCCUACCCAGUUCACUAUAUCCGGAUCGACCCAGUCUCUAGCAUUCGUGGGAUCUGGCUUCGUUGUCAACCACACCUAUUGCCACGUUAAAGUGGGAGCGGCUGCAGAAACUACCUUCCUUGCAAGUGUCACCGACGGCAGUAAUGCUGCAUGUGACGUCACGCAUCCGGCGACGUCAUCUCAAAUAUUGGUAGCAUUGAGUCUGAACAAGGUGGACAAACUCGCCAGCGACACCACAGUGACGGCACAGGCUGCAGCCCCCACCGCCACCGCCGCCUUCACCAACUCAGGUGAAAAGGUGGUUGUGACAUUUAGUGCGCCUGUGGCCACAGCCAGUCUCACUUCCUGUGCAGCGGUGUUCCAGGAUGUGUCGUCACUCGGAUCCUCUGCGACAUGUUCCUUCCAAUCUCGGACCAUCAUGCUGAUUGAAAGUACGACAGCGGCUAUAGACAGCAGCUUGACUCUAAAGACUGGAGCCGUCAAAGCCUUUGGGGAAACGUAUGCCAUUGCUGCCAGUGGAACGAUCACACUAGCCAAGGGGAGUAACCCUCUCAAACCUACCGGUAUGAUCCGGGGACCAAGCCAACUCGGCACUUGCAGUGACCUGUCCGUGGAUGCCCUCGGAAGCUUUGGUGGUGGGGGUCGGGCGCUGACCUACACCUGGGCAGUGUCCCCAUCAACCGGACUCACUCUCACCGGGCAAAGCACAGCUAGUCUCUCCGUCACCGGCACAAUGAGCGGAUCGACGUACACUGUCACCGUGACUGUGUGUAACUUCAUGAACGAGUGCGACACUACCCCGACCUUGACCGUGCAGAAGCUUACGACGGCCAUUCCCGACGUCUACGUUACGGCUGGUGUUGAUACCUCCAACGUUCUGGUGUCCGAGGGUUUUGAACUGACAGCGAAUGCUAAGCUGACGAGCUGUGUGGACGACACGCUCUUGUUCUCGUGGACCUUCAGUGACUCCCGCGUCAACAUCAACACCGUCGACCAGACACGCAGGGUGUACAACGUCCGUACCGGAGACCUUCCAGGUGACGUUACAGUGACGGCGACAGUGACGGUAUCACUGGCCAGCGACACCACCAGGACAGUUGCAGCUUCCAUCUCACUCGUUACCAAGUCAACGGCUCUAGUCGCUUCCAUCAAAGGGUCGGACACAGUUACCAUAGGAACGCAGACAGGUCAGCUUUCACUGGACGGAAGUGGUUCCCUAGACCCAGAUGGCGCUUCUGGUAGCCUUAAGUACGAGUGGUCAUGCGUCGAGCAGUUAUCGUCAACAACAGCGACAUGCCUAGACCCUACCGGAGCUACCUUCCCGACAUCGUCUGAGCGUACUACAGCAACACUGACGAUGGCGACGUCCCGGUUAUCGGGAGGAAAAACCUACGUCUUCACACUGACAGUCAGCAAGUCUAGCGGGGGCAGCACGAGGUCAAACUCCGCUUCCGUCACAGUGGUCACCAUCGAGGGCACUCCACCAAAGGUCUUGUUCAGAGACCUGGCCGGAGGCAACAAAAUUAACGCGAACAACGUCUUCACAGUCAGAGCCAUCAUAGAGUCUUCGACGACAGUUACCGCUUCCUGGGAAUCAGUGAUCACGGACGGUUAUGGGUUUGUGGACGUGACGAACGCUAACAACCUACAGACCCCAUCGACGGUAACAGCUAUCACAAGCACGUCAUUUGUCACAGUGCUGUCAAUCAAAGCAGGCAUCCUGCAGCGUGGGACGAACUACCGCUUCAAGUGUACCGUUACUGAUGCAAACGGGAAGAGCAGCGUGGCAACGGAAGACGUGUAUGUCUACAAUGGCGUCACUUCCUGUUCUAUCAGCGCCCCCUCGUCCUACCAACAACUAGACUCGGUGAGUCUGAGCGUGAGCAAGUGCUACACCGACAGUGACGGCAUUCCCCUCACCUACACCCUCUACCAAGUGUCGGGCGGCAGCGACACCUCUGUGCCCCUCUCCACUACUCAGGACAGUGGGCAGUUCACAGUAACAGUUGGCCCCAAGGCCGACGCGUCCGGAAAGAACGUCUUUGCCGUUCAGGUGUGCGCGAACAAAGGGGGAUGUAUGAUAUAUAAAAGCGGAGACGUCACCGUGACGGCAGUCACUGCAGCAGCGUUGGUAGCCAAGCAGACGUCGGUGAUCAGCAAUACUGACACGCUCCAGAAAGAAGGUAAACCUCUGCAAGCAGCAGUAGCGCUCGGCAUCUACAUUGCUGCCCUGCAACAAAGUAUCAGCAGACGUCGCCGUAGCGCUGAUGAAGCGCUGGACCGUCAAAGACGUAGCACAGUCGUCACCACAACACUGGCAACACUUCAGAUAAAUCUCGUCAACACAACACUCAACACCAUGCAGUUGAAGGAGACAGAGGCAAAUACAUUGCUAGGUGUUCUCGGUGCAUUACCCGCAACAACAGUCAGUGACAGCGACAUGCUAGUUAUCACAUCCUUCUAUGUGACCAUCACAAACUAUUUCCAAACAAAUUCGGUCAAAAUGACAGCAAGCAGUGUGGAACACAUACAUACAUGGACGGCGGCACUGGCUGCCAGGUCGGUAACCGGUAGUGACGUCACAGAUCUGACCUCAAAAAUAACGAAAGCCGCUAGGCUGGGAUUUCAAUUGGAUGAAAGUCAGACCUUCACCUUCGCAACUUCAACCCGGAAGUACAUGUUCAUCAUACCCGGAAGUGGUCACAUCAGCAAGGACACGAACAGUACCACCAUCAAUUUUGGAGAUACUCUGAGGAAAAGAUUUGCGUCGUGGGCAUGCAGCUCGGGAACGUGCGAGGGCGUAGGCGUCGAGAUCACAAGCAGCAACACCGACGUCGAUCCUUACUCCACCACCAGUGACGACAUCAAGCGGAGAUCAUCCGACGUUGUGGACAUUUUGCUCAUUGAUCCGGUCUCAGGAGAUCAGUUAUCCAGCAUCACAGGUCUGAGCGUCCCGGUGUCCAUGACCUUUGUAGUGACUCGGCCUCAGUCGGGGUCGACCCAGAGCUGCAAGUACUGGAACACGCUGAGCGCGAGAUGGGAAACAGAUGGAUUGUCGGUGUCCUCCCAGUCCACGAGCUCCGUCACGUGUACCAGUGACCAUCUUACUGGCUUUGCAGCCUUUGGGGAAUCAACAACAGCAGCGAAUUCAUCACAAACAGGUUUGAUCGUUGGAAUCGUCUUCGGUGGUAUCAUUGCGAUGUGUGUCAUCGUAGGCAUCGCCAUCGUCAUAGCCCUCGCUGUCAACAAGAAGAACAAAGUGAACAUUGUCGAGGCCAUUUCUCCGCCACUUGGUCCGGAACCCUGAGUGACGUCAUCAGUGACGUCUCGCCGGCCUAUCAGGUUCUUGCUUAAAUACAUUGGUUGGUUAUUCUCAAGUAUGUUAAUGUAUGUAUUUGGACGUAAAAAAGGUUGAUCUUUACGUUCGUACAUUCUGUUCAUGAUGAAAUGGGAAUUUAAAGGGAGUUUUAUUUUUUAUCAAUAUUUACAUAACAAAAUGCUUUUUAUAUUUAUACAAAUGAAUUGAAUCAAUACCAUGAAUGAAUGGGAUCUUUGGUCAAUACGAUAAGAUUUCUGAUUCGUGCCAGAAAUGUACGACUGUCUCGCAUUACGAACAGAAUGACUUCAUAUUUAUGUGACGUCAUUACCGGUAUGUUGGCAUGAUGCCAAGGUGUCCAAGAAAGCACCCGUUUUACCAUUUUAAGGCCGUUUCGUUCCUCCUUUACGGCCCGGGCCCUGUUGUAUGUGCUCACAUUCAUUUGCGGUGGAUUUGAGACAUUGACAAAUUUUCACUUCUUCUACCUGUACUCGGUUUGUUUUCUGUGAAACUUCAAAUUAUUUGAAACUAUCAAAUUAGUCCACAAACACAUACAGCUUUACCCACAGAUCUGAUGUUUAUUUCUGUUCAAGUAUCAAAUACGAACAUUUUAAUGGCACAAAUAAUAUCAACGGAAAAGGUUACAUUGUCAAAGUAAAGAGAUCGUGAAUAUUUGGGGAAUAUUUUAUGAAACUGUAUUUCAAUCAUCUAUUAAAAGACAUUGGUGAUCCCCAACUUCUUUAGCCCAGUAUGGGGCGGUGGGGUAGCCUAAUGGUUAAAGCUUUGGCUCGUCACGCCGAAGACCCGGGUUCGAAUCCCCA